CUCGGCCGUGCCCGCGGCGGUCCCCCCCCCGCCGCCCGCCGCCACGUGGUAGCGCCCGGCACGGCGGGAGGAGGGCGCGCGGCGGCGGCGGCUAAAGGCGGAGCGGCACCUCGCGUAGCUGGCGGCGUCCCGGCGGAGGGGGUUGGAAGCGCAGAGCCCUCCCUUCGGCCCCGUCCGCGUCGCGCACGUCGAGAAGCCAUGAGCCGCGAUUUCAAGCCCGGAGACCUCAUCUUCGCCAAGAUGAAAGGUUAUCCGCACUGGCCGGCCAGGGUGGAUGAAGUUCCUGAUGGAGCAGUAAAGCCUCCUGCAAACAAAAUGCCUAUAUUCUUUUUUGGCACCCACGAGACGGCGUUUUUGGGACCAAAGGACAUAUUCCCUUACUCUGAAAAUAAAGAGAAAUAUGGAAAACCAAAUAAAAGAAAGGGCUUUAAUGAAGGCUUGUGGGAAAUUGACAAUAAUCCCAGAGUGAAAUUCUCUCAUCAGCAGUCCCAUCCAUCUGUUAGCACUUCUAUCAAAGAAACUCUUCAAGAAAGCAGUCAGGAUUCUGCUGAGGGAAGUGAAGAAAAAUCAGGAGCCAAAAGGAGAAAGGCUGCUCCCCCAAAAUUGCUCUUUAAGAGGGAUAGCAGCUUAACUGCAAUAGAGGAAGCAGACGAAAAGGAGAUGGAUACUGCAAAAGAAGAUGAUGUACCUUCUGAAAGAAACAGUAAAGAAGAUGUGGUGAAAACAAGUGAUGCAUCUAUUCCUAAAGUUGCUAGAAGAGGAAGAAAAAGAAAGGCUGAAAAACAAGCUGAAGCUGAGGAAGCAGCAGUAGUGGCAACAGCAGCGGUUGCAGCAGCAGCUCCUGUGACAGCGUCUCCAAAAGUAAGCCCCAAAAGAGGAAGACCAGCAGCUUCUGAAGUAAAGAUUCCAAAACCAAGAGGGAGACCCAAGUUGGUGAAAACACCUUGUAUUUCCGAGAGUGACCCUGUUACUGAGGAAGAGAAAGCAAAGAAAAAAGGACCAGAAGAAAAGUCUAAAAAACAAGGGAAGAAGGAUGAAGAAAGUCAGAAGGAAGAGGAGAAACCAAAGAAGGAAUUUGAGAAAAAAGAAGGAAAAAAAGAGGCUGAACCAAAAAGGAAGAAUGCUGCAAAAGGGGUUUUUGCAUCAACUUCUGAUUCUGAAGAUGAGGGAGAAGAGCAAGAGGGUGACAAGAAGAAAAAAGGAGGAAGAAGCUUGCAGACAGCUCAUAGAAGAAACAUUAUGAGAGGCCAACAUGAGAGAGAGGUGACAGAACGAAAGCGUAAGCAAGAGGAGCAGACAGACUGUGAACCGCAGAGUAAAGAAGAAGGCAAGAAAACAGAAGUUAAGAAGAUGGAGAAGAAAAGAGAAACAUCAAUGGAUUCCAGGCUUCAAAGAAUACAUGCAGAAAUUAAGAACUCCCUAAAAAUUGAUAAUCUUGAUGUGAACAGGUGUAUUGAGGCUCUUGAUGAGCUUGCAUCUCUUCAAAUCACAAUGCAACAAGCUCAGAAACAUACAGAGAUGAUUCUAACUCUCAAGAAGAUACGGAAAUUCAAAGUUAGCCAAGUUAUCGUGGAGAAAUCUACAAUGCUAUAUAACAAGUUCAAGACCAUGUUUCUGGUCGGGGAAGGAGAUUCUGUUCUUUCCCAAGUACUAAAUAAAUCACUUGCUGAGCAGAAGCAGCAUGAGGAAGCCAAUAAAACCAAAGAACAGUGGAAGAAAGGAAGUAACAAAAAAAUGGAAAAAGAAAAGGACCAAACAGGUUCAAAAGUUCUGAAUGGAGGAUCUGAAACUCAAGACACCACCGAAUCACAACACAAUGGAGAGAACACUGAUGAAAACAAAGACAAGCCUGAAGUUGGGAGUAAGAAAAAGACAUGUGGCGAAGAGAGAGCUUGAAAAAACAGCAAAAGAAUCUGCCUUCAAAAACAAAU